CCCUCUCCCCGGUCUGUCCUGCCGAGUAAACAGUUAAGCAAAAGCGGCCGUUUAUCUUAUCUUUUAUCGAGAGUCUGGACCGACAAGGACACGUUUUAACCCGGUUAAAGUGGCGCCACAGCUUCAGGAGAAACGGUUGUUGUUGUUUUUGCGGUCACAUUUUGAAUGUGUGUGAAUCGGACCUCACCCCGCCUCAACGCAAACGGUAACAUUAGGAGGCAGAGCCGGAGACCAGCCGACGGUGUUGUUUUAAGAGCUAACUUCCGCGGACUUAAAAACACUUUAGCCAACCGUUAACUUCGCGUGAACCACCGCGAGGACAGCCGGUAAAGGGGGUUUGUAGCGCCUCGUGCAGCCGCUCGUUUUGAAGCUCGUUAACGUUAGCUUGAUCAAUAUGGUGACUUUGUCAUCCGUAAUAAGACCUCUGGCUUCUCAGCUCCACCGACAGCUCGUCAAACACGCCAGGACUCACCGGAUAACACCGGUCAGGAGAUGCAACCUCACGGCGUGCUCCAGCAAAUAUGUCCUGUCGCAGAUGCAUCCCAUGUGGCAGGGACCCCUCGCGGUACCAGGAGGCGAUCGUCAGUCUCCAAUUGACAUCGUUGUGAGAAAGAGCGUCUUCGAUACGGAGCUGAAGCCUCUGGUCACUGAUUACGACCCGCAGACCUGCCAACAGAUCUGGAACAACGGCUACUCCUUUUUGGUUGAGUACGAUGACACAGCAGACAAGUCCACGCUGAAAGGAGGCCCCCUGCAAGACAAAUACAGAUUGUGCCAGUUCCACUUCCACUGGGGGGAGAGCAACGCCUGGGGGUCAGAGCACACUGUGGACAGGAAACUGUUCCCUGCAGAGCUCCACUUGGUCCACUGGAACUCUGACAAGUACAGUUUGUUCGAGGAGGCAGUGAUGGAGGACAACGGACUAGCUGUCAUUGGGGUCUUUCUUAAGGUGGGAAAGAGACACGAGGGGCUGCAGAAACUGGUCGACGCUCUGCCUGCUAUCAGACACAAGGGCAGCGUAGUGGAGUUUACCAGGUUCGACCCUGCCUGUCUGUUACCCACCAACACUGAUGACUACUGGACCUACCACGGCUCUCUGACAACGCCCCCUCUGACGGAGUCCGUCUCCUGGAUCGUUAUGAAGCAACACAUAGAAGUCAGCCAUGACCAGCUGGCGGUCUUCCGGAGCCUUCUUUUCACCUCAGCUGAAGAGGAAGUACAGAAGAGUAUGGUGAACAACUUCCGUGUGCAGCAGGCACUCUGCGGUCGCACCGUGCGCUCCUCCUUCUCUCCUUUCCUCCAGGAGGCACCGUCAGCCGAAGGCGACAAGCACACCCACUGACGCUGCUGGACACAGUAACACACACCGCACAGUGACCACAGUGCACAUAUCAAACUCUCCAAACUCUCUUCUUUUUACUCUUAUCGCAACACAAUGUUUCUCAUCACAUUUGAAAACAUAAUUUUAAGUAUGACAAAGUCUCCUCUGAGGAUCUUCAGUCAUACUUAUUACUGUUUUUCUCUCAUGGAGUGAACAGAUUGUAUUUAUUUUUUAUUUCAAACCAUUUUACAUGGAGGGUGUAGGGAUGCAUCUGUUUCUCAGCACUUGAGAUUUUUUUUUUUCUUUGGAUUUUUUUUCUCAUUUUGGUUUGAGUUUUGCAGACCAAUAACCAAUAAGGGAUGGUUGCUGUGGAGGAUGCAUAGUUUUUAUCGUAUUUAUUACACCUUUCUCAGUUCAUUCAGUUACUGUACGUGGGAUGUACUGCAGCUUGGUGCAGAGAGCAGCUGAGUCGAGGUAAAAACUGAAUGACACUGUGUGCUGGUGGGUGCGACAGCAGAGUCUGCUGUCACUCCCCAGCAGUGAUGUUUGUAUCCAUAUAAAGAGGCUGCAGCUGCUUCUAAAAGCCCAGGAGAUUUUAACUGACUGGAGUGGAAAUACAUCAUAUAUCUAAUAUCAUCAAGGGCUUUUUUUAAACCGUGUAUAGUGGGCUGUUGGUUUUAUCAUUAAUUUUAUCAUCUAUACAUUAAAAAGACGAUUAGAAUGUAUGUUUUCUUCAUCUGUUAAAAGAGAUUAUACUGUCUACAGUACAACUGACAUUCAGAAACUACAUGUGUCACAACAGAGUUUUAAAUGAACUCUUCUGAGCCUUGAGUCUUUCAUUCAGAGCUGAAUAUGUUGCUAAUAAGCACAAGUUACAGCAGCACAUGUGCAUAGCAAUAUUUUGAGUGAAAGAAGCAAAUCUCUUCCAUUUUUACAAUAGUGUCAAGCACCAUAACCGCCGUGCCUUAAAUACUGGCAGACUUUGACUGGCACAGGUCACAAACACGUUUGAACACGAAAAGUAUCUUCCACAACUCUUCCAAUACACUGUGGUUCAGGUACAGUGUUUGGUGGUUGCCCAUAGUAACGGUCAAGGCUAAGUGGAUAUCUGCAAUGAUUCACGCCUUGUUUACUUUCAGGUUGAAUUGGAUUAAAUGAGUAAGGUCUAAAAUCAACAGCAUGAGUUCAGGAACAUAGUAGAGGAAUUCAUGAAACUUUUAAGUGAGACUUUGAUUGAAUCACGUCUAUAUCUUGAGAGAACUCCUGUUCUCAUUGGUUCGUCUGAUUUUGGUUUGUUUGCUGUUUUCACACACAAAUUUAUCCAAAUAACAUGAUGAGAAAUUUAUUUUUGCUGUUUCGGGUUGUGAAAGGACUUAAAGAGUUACAACUAAUAUUGUACUGUAAUGUUAAAUCUCUUAGCUACUCUUAAACUACAUUUUUUUAACUUUAAAAUUAAGUCAAAACACACCAAGGAUUCUACUAUAAAUAGCUGUGCGUGAUAUUAAGGAGGAAACUCUGAGAUUGACAGAUGAUACAGUGGGACCAACUGACCACAACGGCCUCGUGUAUCAGCUCGCCUGUCUGGUUGCGUCUAAAAAUAUGUUUAUAUUGGCUUUCACUUUAGAGAGGUGAAGGCAUUUCCUGGCGAGCUUCUGUUGUUCUGGCUUUUCUAACUCAAUGCCACCUCUCGUUAAGGAUUUCUUUCAUGUGUCUUUCUGAGAAAAUGAACCGUGUUCGUGUUGUUUACUUCCCGUAGUCUCAUUUAAAUCAGCAUCCACUAUGGCAGCUGCUGUAAGAACUCUGAGCCUAUAUGAAUUUUAUAAAGCUAAACAACUUUGUUGCUAUUAAAAAAGUUGCAGCUAACCAGAAAAUUUGCGAGCAAAUUUUGGCGCCGUGUUAUGUGUGCGACCCACCGUGGGAGAUUUAACAAGAUGCAUGCAUCCCUCUUAUUGCAAUUUUAUGUCAUUUUUAUUGUUUUAGAGAGCACUGCUGACACGUCUGUUAUAUGUUACACGAGAGGCAGACACUGUUGUGUUUAAUGUCACACCUUUUUAGCUUCCACGAUGCUGGCAUGUUAUCUAAAAUCACUCACUGGAGUGGCAUUAUGUGUCUGUAUAUCCCAAAAAUAUCAGCAAAGCUCUUUUUUAAAGUCAUUAUUCCAAUUUUAUAGCUGUAAAAUCUUUUACUGCAUUCCCUCCUCCUUACUGUUAUUGCAGACAUGUCUAAAGCACGGGUUCAUGGGAAAUGAUGUUCAUUUACCUGGAGUGAAAUCACUUUUCUUGUGCUGCUUUCCGCCUUCCACAAGUAUUGAAACCUUUGAACCCAUAGCAAAU